AUGGGUAGAAAAACGAUAUAUGAAAUAGAGAAGGAGUACUUAAAUCCUCCACAUCAACAUUUUAAUGCAGAUAAGGAAAAUCUCCGAAAUGACAUUAAUGAACUGUUUGGCUUUGAUAUUUACCAGUACCAACAUAGCAUCGGUGCAUCACAUAGAAAGUUAAUAAAGAGGAUAAACAAGGAUAGAUCUGCACAAACAGCUUUUAAAGGGGCUGGCUCCAGAAUAGACAACGGUAUAUGUCAGAUACUAUCUCACUUUGUUACUUAUAACGAUUUACUUAUGAACCAAGAAAGGUUUGAGAAAUUUUUUUACAACUUAACCGCAGUAACAAAAGAAGAAAGGAGAAGGAAAUUACUAGAGUUAGUGAAUUUGCUGCCUCCAAAAGUAGAAAUUUUCUAUACCAGCAACAUAAAUGAGAGAAUUAGGGGAUUUAUACCUUCGCCUCAAGUUACAAUAUUAUCACCAGACCAUCCAUGUAUUGUAAGUAUAAAUGAUUCUAAAACUGCAUUUACACUGGACACAAGCACUUUGACAGAUAGCCUGCGUGUAGUUCCUGAAGGUCAUUAUGCUAGCAUUGAAUUUGCCAGUAGAUACAAUGAUAAAUUUUUGCAUGGCCAUAGUAUAGUUGUAAAGAAAUUAAAAAAUAAGCAUACACUAAAUGAUAAGUAUUCAGUGUAUGACCCCAAUAUGGGAGCGAUAUUUAGUAUCAAAGAGACUAAAAUAGGGGAAAUUGUACAAGCAAUUAUCAACAAGUAUGCAAUGAAAUGGUAUAAUCGGGAUAGAAGUAUGGUGGAUUAUAUUUCGAUAAAAGAUAGCACAAAAUUCCUAGAAGAAAUAGAACAGUAUACAAGUAAUAAUACAAUGAAGAAGUAUACUAUUUAUUGCAUUCCAGUAAAUCAUAACACUAUAAGCCACUUCUACUAUGAUCAGCAUACAAUUACUAACUUUUCGGCAGAACAUGUCAGUUAUUACGAAACUUUGAAGGUCAAAAGAAAUGCUUCUAGUCACGAUAUAAAGGAAGCAUAUAAAAAAUUAGCUCGAAGGUGUCAUCCGGAUAAAAAUCAUGACAACCUAGGCUCUGUGAACCAAAAUUUGGAGAAAUAA